AACUAAGCAUACUUGACUACUUGAGAGAGAAACACCAUAGAAGUUUUUAACAAAAUCGCACCCUCUCCCACCCGAACUGCACCCGCUCCGCCGAGGUUUCCCAAUGUCGAUCUUAAAAAUUCUUCUAGCGGUGUCUAUAUCUGGGUGGGCAAUUGCAUUGAUUACCAUUGUAGGUUUGUGCGUUCUUUUCUACGUACACUUCCGUUUACGUAAGAAGCACCAUGUUGGCGAUGUUGCUACCACCAUUACCACUGCUACUACUGUGGCUGGCCCAGUUGCACAAGGGGAAGUAAUCGAUCCGGAUAUUGAAGCCCACAACAUAUUCGGUUUUGAUGAGUUGUUGCAGGCAACCAAUGGCUUUUCCCGCGAUCGUCUGAUUGGAGAGGGCGGUUUCGGACUGGUGUAUCAGGCCGUAUUGGAGGACGGGAGAGAGGUAGCGAUCAAAAGGCUUAGGGAAGGCAGCCGUCAGAUCGAGCAAUUUGCCACGGAGAUGAAGUUAAAAAAUCAUCUCGCUCAUAAUUCUAUUGUCAGAAAUUUUGGUUGUUGUAUUGAGGGGCGGGAAAGAUGUAUCGUCUACUCUCUCGCCCAUGAAGGAAGUUUAGAAUCUCACAUUAAAGAUUUACCACGAAAGAAGGAGUUAAAUUGGAAGAGGCGAUACGAAAUUGCCCUUGGGGUAGCUUCUGCGAUCCAGUUCCUUCACACCGGUGAAUCUGGCCAUGUGAUUAUUCAUCGGGACAUCAAGAGUUCCAAUAUCUUAUUGGACCACCAAUUCAAACCAAAGCUAGCUGAUUUUGGAAUUGCAAAGAUGUCUGAGGAAGAAUUUACCCACUUGACUACUGAGGCUAAAGGGACUAUUGGCUAUAUGGAUCCAAGCUACAGUCAAACAGGAAAGCUUACUAUGGAAUCGGAUGUUUUUUCUUUUGGAGUUGUUCUUCUCGAAUUAAUAACGGGAAUAAAUCCAACCGAUAAUAAAAGUCUUCCUGUUGGUGUUGCUAUGGUUCAUUGGGCUACCCAGCUCAUCAAGCAAGGUUUAGAAGAUGAAAAUUUUAAGGACUUGGUUGACAAGAGACUGGAGCAAUAUGAUGUUCAACAAUUGCGGGAGAUGACCACUUGUGCAGCAUUAUGUGUUCGUAAAAACCCCACUGAUCGGCCAAAGAUGAGCGAGAUUGUCCAGGUUUUGGAAGGAAAUAUUCCAGCUAGAGAGAUUGCUGGAGCUAGUGGAAUCUGGAGUGAAGAGGAAGAUAAUGCUCGGGAGUUAUGGUCAAUGGCAUUUGAAGGUCAAAGUUCGCAAGUGCAACUAUCCAAUUGCUCUACUGUCUGGAUCUUAAGCUUUACAUUGGGCACCUUGGGUAGCAUUUUUUGCUUUUCUUUCAUGAGAAGCAAUUCUUCUAUUUCUAGGUACAGUUGGUCUGAUUAAACUUCAUGGGUACAAUGGUCAGCUUCUAAACAGUUUUCUAUAAACUGUUCUGCUGUGAUCCUUCAUCAGCUCAAGUGUUUAUUCUACUCCAAAUUACUCGAUCCUGACGUUUGAGAAAAGUUGGUAAUAGUACUUGGAAUCAAGUGGACCAGAGUGGUUAUUGCAUUUACUUUUUUUCUAUCAAAUGACAGUCAUUAUGUAGCUUUUGUGUGCAGUACUGUAGGUUCUGGUAUUGUUUAACACCUUAAGAUAGUUAAUUGUUAGUGAGAAACAAGUCAAAAGUUCAACUAGCAUAUGUUUUCCUAAUAUUACACUAUAUUAUACUGCCACUUCAACUCUGUUUCCACA